UACUGUUGUACUUCAAAAAACAUAUGAAUACAUUAUUGAGAGGAUAUAUAUUUUAUCAUAUUGAAAAUACUGAAGUUCGAAAUUAAUUAAGAGUUGUAUUUUAACAUACCACUCUUAUAAAAUCGUAAUUAAUUUAAUUAUCGCGUAGCUAUCUGACUCUAGUGUUGAGAUUUCUAUAAAAGCGAUCGACGAACCCACUACCAACUGCCGAGUGCCAGUGGUAGUGACUACAUAAUACACACGACACGACACGUUUAUGUGAGCUAACUUCAACUUGAAUAGCCAGUUUUGUAAUCAGAACGACAAAUUCAGUGGAUGUUUGAACACAGUCCUGUAUUGUUGUCUUUCAAGUUUCAAUGCUCUGUUGCUAACAAUAAAUACGUCUUACAAUACAAGGGUUAUUGUUUUAAUAAUAAUAAUAUCACUAGUAAAAGUUUGUUGAGAAAAAUCAUAAUAAUUAUCUAAAAUGGCGAAAGUAAAUGUGGAUUUGCAAAGAGAAAGGGAUUCGUGCAGUUUCAACAUAACAGAGUUAACACACUGGAUUGAUGGAGGCAUUGAAAAAACUGAAGAGAGAAGGAAAAGAGAGGAGAUGGCACUGAAAGAGGGCAUACACAUAGAACCGGUGCCGUCAGUAUAUUUAAGCCACAAGGAAAAAUAUGAGUUGGCAGUCAAAAAGGCAUGCCUGCUCUUCAAAAUGAUACGCAAGCUGCAAGAGGAAGAAAACGCUGGAAUGGAGAAUUACCUGGCAGUCUUAGGUGGUAAUUUAGGAGCGGCGAUACUUGGUGACGGCAACCCGUUGACUCUACACUAUGUCAUGUUCAUACCCACGAUCAUGGGGCAGGGCACUGUGGAGCAACAGGCGUAUUGGAUCGGCAGAGCGUUCAACCUUGACAUUAUUGGAACCUAUGCACAGACCGAGUUGGGCCACGGAACUUUCGUCCGGGGUUUGGAAACGACAGCGACGUACGACGCCAGUACCAAAGAGUUCGUUUUACACAGCCCUACUCUCACCGCCUACAAAUGGUGGCCCGGUGGAUUGGCACAUACUGCGAAUUAUUGUAUCGUGAUGGCCCAACUAUACACCAAAGGGAAGUGCCACGGAAUCCACGCCUUCAUCGUUCAGCUCCGCGAAGAAGAAACCCAUAUGCCAGUCCGUGGCAUUAAGGUCGGCGAGAUUGGCGCCAAGCUUGGCAUGAAUGGCACCAACAACGGAUUCCUUGGCUUCGACCAAGUGAGAAUACCGAGGGAUCACAUGCUUAUGAAGAAUUCAAAGGUUUUGGAGGACGGCACGUAUGUGAACGCGCCCAGCUCGAAGCUCGCGUACGGCACCAUGAUGUUCGUGCGCGUGAUGCUCGUGAACGACAUGUGCAAGUAUAUGGCCAAAGCUGUCACGAUCGCCGUGCGGUAUUCCGCUGUGAGGAGACAGUCGCAGCCAAAGCCAAAUGAGCCCGAACCGCAAAUCAUCGACUAUCUGACCCAGCAGCACAAGUUGCUGGUCGGCAUCGCAUCGGUGCACGCUUUCCGCAUGAGCGCGGAGUGGCUUUGGCUCAUGUACAACAAUGUCACCGCCGAGCUGGAGGCUGGAGACAUGGAGAGGUUGCCUGAGUUGCACGCCUUGUCCUGCUGCCUCAAGGCUGUGAGCACAGACGACGCGGCGAAGUGCGUAGAGAGGUGUCGACUAGCUUGCGGGGGCCACGGGUACAUGCUGUCGUCGAACCUGCCGCUCACCUACGGGCUAGUGACCGCCGCAUGCACCUACGAGGGAGAGAACACCGUCAUGUUGCUGCAGACGGCCAGGUAUUUGGUGAAAGCGUGGCAACAAGCCGCAGCGGGUAACAGCUUGCCUCCCACGGUAUCUUAUCUGGGCGAACUUCGCGCCGGCCGCCGGUCACCACCGUGGGACAACACUAUCGAGGGCAUUGUCAAAGGAUUCCACAUGGUUGCUUCCGGUAAAAUCGGCAUAUGCGUGGCUCAAAUCGAAAAACGUCAAAACAACGGCAUGUCAUACGAAGACGCGUGGAAUAUGACCUCAGUACAACUCGCCUCGGCGUCUGAGGCCCAUUGCCGAGCAAUUCUCUUGUCGACUUACUAUAAGGAGAACGAGAAGCAAAUGAAGACGGUAUCGCCCGAAUUGCGGCAAGUGUUGAUGCAACUGUGCGACCUGUACGUAGUAUACUGGGCUUUGCAACGCAUUGGAGAUUUGUUGAGGUUUACAUCGAUAUCGGAGCGUGAUAUUGAACAGCUUCAGAACUGGUAUGAAGACCUGCUCAUCAAGGUGCGACCCAACGCCGUCGGGCUUGUUGAUGCAUUUGACAUUAGAGAUGAGAUCCUCAACUCGGCGUUAGGCGCGUACGACGGUCGCGCGUACGAGCGACUAAUGGAAGAGGCGAUGAAGAGUCCACUCAACGCGGAACCCGUCAACCAAAGUUUUCACAAAUACCUUAAACCAUUGAUGCAGGGAAAACUGUGAUUGUGCGAAAUAAAUCUACUGUUACCCAUAGCUUAUGCCCAUAGCUUAAAUCCAUAGCUUAAAUCCAUAGAUAUGCGCUGGUAAAGUAAAUUGGACGUUAUUAUUCAUUUUUUAGAGUCGCUAUUUCCGUGCUACGAAUUUUUAAUUUUAAUAACGUACUAAUAUGCUGCAUAGGUGUGGGCGAAUUAGAACUUAAAAUAAGAGCGAUUAAUUUUAUUUUACUUUGACGUAACCGUGUUUCAUAUAGUCUGGCAGUCACGUAUAUGACUUAUACAGGGUGAUCUCCAUAAUGCAAUUCGGUCUUACGACAGUUUUCAAUAAUCACUGUCAUCUGUCAAUAAGUUACUUAGGAACGCUGUUAGUUAUAAAAAAACAUAUGGAUUUUUCUUUUUGAAAAUAACAACGUAAUGUAAUACAUGUAUAGAUAGACUGAAUAAGGAAUAGACGUCAAACUGCAUAGCCACAGCACAGCCGUCAGUGGACGCAAUAAUGUCAAAUGAGUGAGCGUACUCGCGGACUCACUUCACGAUGCUCACAUUUGGUCCAUGUGAAACUGAAGCAGCGCAUAUAUAACCAUUUUAAUCUUUGUUGCAUAAUAUAAAACCUCAUUGAAGACAUGUACGCAGGUCAUUCUGUUAUAACACGCCACACUAGGAUGACACGAUUUUUAUAACCAUAAGUUUAGUCCCUGCAAAAAGUCACUCAAUGCGGCCCAAGAAGUUUUCAUUUCAAAAUAACUAAUUGUGCCAAAUUCCAAACUCAAUUGACUGUACAAACGUAUAAUCUAUACAAAGUAUUAUGUUUGAUACAAUAUGCAUAUCGUAUAUAUACUUACAUUUAAAUCUUUGAUUGUAAUCAGUGUGUCAUCAAUUUCGUUAAGUUUUACCAGAAAUGUAACAAGUUACCACUCAUUAUGCAUAGGUAAUUAAAGUUUAAUAUUGUACUUUGUAUAUAUUAAUACUAAACUUAUACUUUGGGACAUGAAUUAUAAAUAGGAAUUACCAUAGACAUUUUUUAUUUGACAGACUAAGUUAUAAAAAAAUUCUGUUCAGUGAGCAUAUCUAAUAUUUUUAUUAUUGUGACUCUUGCACCGGUGCUUUGGGUAGUAAUUAGUGAUGGCCACAAUUUAUUUAAUAAUACUGACUUAAUAGUCAGUAAACAUAAACAUGACAAUAUGAUUGCUGAUGAAUGAAAUGCUUUUAAUUAUUUUUUUUCAUAAUGAGCGUAGUUUAUUCGGUGUCUAUGCCAUUCAAAUGAUAAUCACGCCUGUUGAUCAUCUUUUUUUACUUUUUUCUUACUUCUCUAUGUGUACCUGCUCAAUUUCAAAGAGUGACCAAAAUAGUAGGCUGGCAGCCUAGGUACAAAUUUUGCGGAGUUAAAGCAUGUUGAAUUCCGUUCCUAUCUGACCAGACUCUUUAUCCCUGGCCGGUGACGUCAUUAUCUCGGUUUUUUUAAUUGAGUGCAAAGAUAUUAAAUCUAUACAGUCACUAAGCGUAAAAUUAAACUUUUAUAUGGAUUUACACUUGAUAUGACAAGUACAUUAUACUUAUAAUUUUAAUAAAAAUACAUUAUGUGUAAAAUAUUAUAAUAUACCAUUUAAGUAAUCAUAAUAAGUGUGUAUGUAAUGUGUAACAUGUAUUUUAUCGAAUUUAGAUGGUGGUGGUGGUUGCAAGACAUUCCAUACUAAAUUUAGAAAGAGAUUACCAGUAUUAGUUUAUUUUGAUUAUAAAUAUUAAUGGGAUGAGAUUUUGU